UUUUGUUCCUGAUAGUUUAACUAUGAGCUAAUUUAUUGUUAUGCUGUAUAUAUUCAUAUGAUAAUGUAUAUGUUUUUUCUGGUUUUUAGCAUGCCUCGACGAGGAUCCAUGUUAGAUUCUAGGAGUGAUAGGUCCACUUCAAGGAGUGACAGCUCCACUUCAUCCAAAUCAUUUCAAACUACAUCAAGGCAUAAUAACAAAGGAUCCACAUUUCAUCAACCUGUGUAUCAAAACGCAAAUGAGUAUUAUAUACCUACUUUGGGGAGUACACAUCAUCCUCAACAUGAUUAUGGGAGGGUUGAAGCAUAUCAAUAUUGUGAGGGCUUUCGCUUCCAAGAUUUGCUUCAAACUCAAGGAGGUUUCCCUCGAGAUAACCAACUUGUUUAUGGAGGACAUAAUUCAUAUAGGAGUUAUGGGAGAGUUGAUAGUGAUGAUGGUGAUGAUGAUGAUGUGAACAUUAGAGAUGAAGAUGAGGGAGACGGUAGUAAUGAGAGAGGUGUAUGUGAUGAGGAUCCAGAUGGUGUGUCAUCAAACCACGGUUCAACAUCUUCUCCAUACAAUUAUGAUCAAAAUGUUAAAAGGAAGGGGUUUGACACACCAAUAGAUCCAAUUACAAGAAAAAAAAAGCUUUGUUUGUAUGGAACAACAGAGUUCAAUAACGCAUCGUGUGGACGUGCAAUCGGAGAUAUUUUGAGGUCCAAUUUUAAAGGAGCAUGACACUCUUGGGAAAAAGUAGAUUCAAUGUGCAGGGAUGAACUCUUUAAAGAGUUUAAGGUAAGAACCAACACUAAUUGCCAUAUUCUUUUCAAUUUUGAUCACUUUAAUAUAGCAUUAUGAAAAUUAUGAACUGAAUAGCUAUAGAAGUGUGCUAGUAAUUGUCUUGUUAUUUGUAACCAUAAAUUAUUAACUGAAUAGCAUGUACUGAUUUGUGUUCUAAUUUGUUCUUAUUUCUUGUUUACUCUUUAAUUUCAUUUAAUUUCUUUAGUUAUUACAUCAUCUUGCAAAUUCGGAACAAGAUAACACAAUAUGAUUAAUUAUUUAUAUAAUUUGA